AUGCCACUUAUAUUAAUUUGACCGCAGCCAUUGGAAUUCACACUUUGCCCCAAGUUCUUUCCUAAUUAAAGUCCUUGUUACAUAAUCCUUCAUUGGCGUGACCGAACUGCUGGCAUACUUUUGAGCGCCGGAGCGGUAACCGCAGAAUGCGCUGUGGUCGAAGGAACACAAGUUGCCGACGUCGUCAUAUCGAUUAAGCCAUCAAAACUUCGACCGCUUAUUAAUGCGCGUACAUCAGCGCUAAAGUGCGGUCAUAGUUCAAAUGAGGCGCCCCCAGUUCUUGGCUUUUGAAGGGCGGCAAAUCGAGUCUCGGAUCAAUUGUUUGGCCAGCAGCGAUGAGGGAAGUGAAUCCGCUCAACCGCUUCAAUCGGCACUUCCUGUUUCUCAUCGUGCUGGUGACCCAGAUCUGUGGGGUCACCACUUUCGUCUACAACUCGAGGCAUCAUUGCUUUCGACAAUCCGGAUUCCUGCGGUUGUACUCCAGCUUAAUUCUGUCUUUAGUGGGAUUAUUCCUCGUCAUUAACAUAAGAAAAAUGCUUCAUAGUCUCCAAAGUGCUUGGCCAUAUUUGGCGGGCAGUAUUGUAAUCCUGGUGGCUCGAGUGCAAGGAUUUAUGGAUAGUCAGGAGAUUGUAAAGCUAUUGAAUCAAAUGAUUGGUGUCCUGAAGCAGGUGAAAGUGAUGACCAGGCAUCCGAAUAUCUUUCGUCUGGGACACCUCAUGCUCCUUUUCUUGACUUUACAAAAUCUUCUAAGAUCCUUAAACAUGGUUUUGGGAAUUAGUAGCCGUUCCGAAAAAGCUUAUGACAUUCUGGCCAAUAGUUUUGUAUUACUGAUUCUAUUGGGAGUUCUUCUGAGCUUUCUUCCUGCCUUUCUUGCCUGCUAUAAUGAACUUCACAGAUGCGCUCGACGAAUCUCCAAAGAUAGGGAUGAACUAAGGCAGUCCCAGGUUCUUAAGAGUGGGCAAGUUCUGGUUUUGGUAAGACAAUUACAGAUAAUCACUGAGAGGUUGAUUCGUCUGCGUUCAAGUGUUUUUCAUCUGACACUUCAAAUCAUCCAGCACUUUCGGUCAGUUUUUCACUUGAUCAACUAUCAUAAGGAAAUUGAGAGAACUAUUGAUGUCCGGCUCCACCAGGAAAUCAAGGUACGCAUCAGGGUCACCAUAUAUGGCAUUACGCUGGACACGAGACUCCUCUUGAAACUGCUGUCCAUUAGUGCUUUCUGUGCUCUUGUUAACCGGCAGGGAUACCUGCACCUCCACAGUCCUUAAUAGAUCCU